AAGUGUCGUAAAGCAGAAAGGAAGGCGGGAGUCCGGAUUGGAAACAUUAGGGAAACCUGAGCAGCGGAGGCCGCUAUGGCGAACGGCGCGUGGGCCGAGAUUCGUGAGAAAUUCCAGGCCGCGCUGGCUCUGUCGCGGGUAGAACUGCAUAAAAACCCCGAGAAGGAGCCGUACAAGUCCAAGUACGGCGCCCGAGUUCUGCUGGAGGAGGUCAGAGCGCUGCUGGGCCCCGCGCCCGAGGACGAGGACGAGGACGAGCGGCCUCAGAAUAAUCUGGGUAUCUUGUGGUCUGAAAGAGAAGAAAUUGAAACAGCACAAGCUUACCUAGACUCAUCAGAAGCACUAUAUCUUCAGUAUAUGAAAGAGAUUGGGAGUCCUCCUCUUGAUCCUACUGAGCAUUUUCUUCCUGAAGAAGAGAAACUUACUGAACAAGAGAGAUCAAAAAGAUUUGAGAAGGUUUAUACUCAUAACCUAUAUUACCUGGCUCAAGUCUACCAACAUAAGGAAGUGUUUGAGAAGGCUGCUCAUUAUUGCCACAGUACCCUAAAACGCCAGCUUGAGCACAAUGCCUACCAUCCUAUAGAGUGGGCUAUUAAUGCUGCUACCUUGUCACAAUUUUACAUCAAUAAGCAAUGCUUUAUGGAGGCCAGGCACUGUUUAUCAGCUGCUAAUGUCAUUUUUGGUCAAACUGGAAAGAACCCAACCACAGAAGACACUACUGAAACUGAAGGAGAUGUGCCAGAGCUUUAUCAUCAAAGAAAAGGGGAAAUAGCAAGAUGCUGGAUCAAAUACUGUUUGACACUCAUGCAGAAUGCUCAACAUUCAAUGCAGGACAACAUAGGAGAACUUGAUCUUGAUAAACAAUCUGAACUGAGAGCUUUAAGGAAAAAAGAACUCGAUGAGGAAGAAAGCGUCAGGAAGAAAGCUGUGCAGUUUGGAACCGGUGAGCUCUGUGAUGCCAUCUCUGCGGUGGAAGAGAAAGUGAGCUACCUGAGACCUUUAGAUUUUGAAGAAGCCAGAGGACUUUUCUUACUGGGUCAGCACUAUGUCUCUGAAGCAAAAGAGUUCUUUCAGAUUGAUGGUUAUGUCACUGACCAUAUUGAAGUUGUCCAAGACCACAGUGCUCUGUUUAAAGUGCUUGCGUUCUUUGAAACUGACAUGGAGAGACGGUGCAAGAUGCAUAAACGUAGAAUAGCCAUGCUAGAGCCCCUAAUUGUGGAUCUGAACCCACAGUAUUAUCUGUUGGUCAACAGACAGAUUCAGUUUGAAAUUGCACAUGCUUACUAUGAUAUGAUGGAUUUGAAGGUUGCCAUUGCUGACAAGCUGAGGGAUCCCGAUUCACACAUCGUAAAAAAAAUAAAUAAUCUUAAUAAGUCAGCAAUGAAGUACUACCAGCUCUUCCUAGACUCCCUGAGAGACCCAAAUAAAGUGUUUCCUGAGCAUAUAGGGGAAGACGUGCUUCGCCCUGCCAUGUUGGCUAAGUUUCGAGUUGCUCGUCUCUAUGGCAAAAUCAUCACUUCAGAUCCCCAAAAAGAGCUAGAAAAUUUGGCAACAUCCUUGGAACAUUACAAAUUUAUUGUUGAUUACUGUGAAAAGCACCCCGAAGCUGCUCAGGAAAUAGAAGUGGAGCUAGAACUUAGUAAAGAGAUGGUGAGUCUUCUUCCAACAAAAAUGGAGAGAUUCAGAACCAAGAUGGCCCUGACUUAAUAAACUUCAUUUUUAAUGAAAGAAAAUGUGCAAUAUUGAAGAUAUUUUUUCCCCUUAGUCAAACGGGCCCAAUUCCAUUGUUAUAUUUACUUUUAUAGCCAGAGGAGUGCAGUUCGAACUUGAGAUACAGUCAGACCAAUGUAGUCUUUACUAGGACCUUAAUCAACAUAAAUGUAAUUAAUAAUUUAUAUCUAAUUAUGUAGAUUGACUUGUUAAAGUGACAUGUGAGUGGAAUUUUAGAGUGUACGUUUCCUAUUUAAAUAUAAACUUUUCCUGCCUCAUUUUCUAAAGGUAGGUUCUUCGUUGUCUAGUACCUGAUGGAUCCUUUGAGAGGAAAAAUGCUGGUUAAUAUAUCUUGUAGACCAACCUAUUAUUAAAAUUGAAAAAGUAACUUCCUGUAAUACUUUCAACAAUAAAGUUAAAAGAAAAAAAAGUAACUUCCUAUAGUUAUUUUUUCCCAAAUGUUUACUUUCCUAAAUUCCCAAAGAAAUCUUUUCGUUUUGAAAAUAUUAAAAAACUAAGUUAUGUUGUUUUAAAGUAUUGUAGUUUGUCUCAUCUAUAGGGGAUAAAAGCCUUGUUGGAAAUAUAAAUUUACUUAUUUCACUAAUAAAAACUUCCGUUUACUCUUG